AUGUUGGUCUUCGAUACAACUUAUAAAACAAAUGCAUAUAACAAUCCUUUUGUUAUUUUUGCCGGGGUCAAUAACCAUUUUGAAACCACCAUAUUUGCAUGCAGCUUGCUUGUUGAUGAGACAAUUGCAACAUACACAUGGGUUUUGCAAAAGUUGUUAGAGGCCAUGGAUAACAAAAGACCAGUGUCAGUGUUGACAGAUGGGGAUAUGGCCAUGCGUGAGGCAAUACAAAAAGUCUUCCCAAGUGCCAAGCAUUGUCUAUGUAAUUGGCAUAUGCACAGAAAUGCCAAGCGAAAUGUUCGAGUUGAUGGAUUCGAGGGACAUUUCAAGCAUCUCAUGGAUCUUGAUGCGAAUGAGGUUGUAUUUGAGGAAGCUUGGAGUAAGAUGAGCAGUCAGCGUUGUGAGGGCAUGAAUGCUUUUUUCAAUGAGUGCCUCAAACGAAAAUUGAAACUAUUCGAAUUUGUUAGAUGUUUUGACAUGGCCCUUUAUCGGUUACGGAACAAAGAAGCGGAUGCCGAGGCAAAAACUGACAACAGUGAUCCUUGUCUUACCACAGCACUUCAGCCUCUAGAGAAACAUACAGCAACCAUCUUUACCAGACGUUUGUUCUUAAUGUUCCGUAAUGAAAUAAUUGAGGAAGCAUUGUUGAUUUUUGAUGGAAGGAAAGAGGAGUUCGAUCAUCGCAUAUACAAAUUUUCAAAGUAG